GCCGCCCCAACAAACGUAAUACGUACUUUGAUAAUUUUCAUACAUACAAAAACACAAUGAAUGAAUCGAGAGAUCGAUUGUCAUUUACAACCAAUUUUCAAAACACGGCGGGUGUAGAAUGUUAUAAAUAAACAAAGGAAAUGAUAUAACUUGAUUUCGAGCGAUAUUAUCAAAUUAAAUUUAGGGGACAAUGGAAGAUGCAGAUGAAGAGAAAGUGAAGUUACUGGAGUCGAUCCGCUUACAAGAUGCUGCUCUGUCAGUGGUUGUGGAUGACACCAUAGCCACGCUUGACAGUGACUCGGACGGCGAGCGGGAUUCAGAACAUGAAGGUAUGUCUACUGUAACAGACGACACUGUUCCAAGUGCAGCUAUUGAAGAAGAAAAUUCCAUUGACAAUGAAGAUACAUGCAAAAACCCAUCCUGGGCUGAAGCCCUUGAGGCAAACCAAGAGUAUGAUGCAGUAUUGGCGCAGUUAGAGGCAGAAAUUAGACAAAAUAUAGCCAAGGUGGUAAAGCAAUUAAAUGAAGUUCAGGACAACAUUCAUAGUAACAGUAAUCUUGGGAAUUCCAUCAACAUGAAAAGCCAGUGGAUGUACGUCUUUGGUAUGCCGUACUUCAAAACCGAGAAUUUUUAUCCUUGUCCUUUUAACGAAGAUUAUCAUACUAAGAAGCAAAACAGAGAGAUUUGCUGGUCAGAACUUGAUUCUUAUCAUCAAUGGGUUACAUCUCACAAGAAAGCAUUGAGUGACGCUGUGACUGAGGUGGCAACUCAAAAGUGUCUCAAAGAAGCAAAGCUAAAGUUAGCUGUCUUACGCAAAGAAUUGGAAUCAGAGCGACUGUCUGGAAAUACUGAACGGUUUGUUGAGAUUGAACAAAAAAUUGCUGAUUUUGAUGUCUCAUCUGUGGCUCAAUCCAUGCUUGAUGAAGAAAUUGCUAAUGGUGCGCAUGAUUGGAUGAAAAUAUCAGCUUCAUUUCUGGAUGGAAAACAGUCACCUGAAAGCUGCAGGAGCUUUUGGAACUUGUACUUACACCCCAGAAUCAAUAAAACGCCAUAUACUGAAGAUGAGGAAGGAAAGCUUCUUGAAUUGGCCAAAAAAUACAACCAUCAAGAUUGGGAUAAAAUUGCAGAAGAGCUUGGAACUAAUCGUUCAGGUUAUCAAUGUUUUAUUGUUUAUCAAAACAAACUAAAUGUAUCUUUGAAAAGGAACACUUGGGACCCUGCGGAAGACAAAAAGCUUCUCCGUGCUGUUGAAAAAUAUAAAAUUGGGAACUUUAUUCCGUGGGGGAAGGUUGCAUAUGAUAUGGAGAACCGAACUAAAACUCAAGUUUUCAACCGUUGGACUUACUCACUUAAUCCAGCUAUUAAAAAAGGACGGUUUACUGAAGAAGAAGAUAUAAUGAUACUAGCUGGAGUGCAAAUGUGGGGUGAAGAUUUUCAGCGAAUCGCAAAUUUUUUGAAAGAUAGGACCACUUGCCAAGUUAGGGACCGUUACAAACAUUACCUAAAUAGACCAGGCAAUGGUGUUCCAUGGACUGUAGAUGAUGACAAGAAUCUCAUUGAAUUAACAGAAAAGCAUGGAAGAAAUUGGGCCAAAAUAUCUAAGUGGUUUCCUACCAAAGAUCGCACUCAGGUGCGACACCGUUUUACUACUCUGUCUCGAUGGAGAGCCAAAAAUCCAGAUUCUCCUAUAUCUGAAGCUCCUGCUCGUGUUUACAAUCCUAACAUUUAUUCGCAGUUCCAAGAGCAAUGGGACAAAGCUAGAGCUAUAUUAAGCUGUGAUAAUUUAGAAGAUAUGGUAAAAGCCAAGAACAAUCUCAUCACAUCUUUAGUGAAAAAGAAGAAAAAGUCAAUCUUAGAUGUUCCUAAAAAGAAAAAACAAUCCCCAAUCGAGGCAGACCUGGUAAAUUAUUUUCGCUGCAGUUAUGAUUUGCCUGGGGGUCCCAAAAAGCUUAAUGUACGAAGAGAAGAAGCACAAAAGUAUGCUAAAGAGCUAGUUAUGCUACUUAAGCUUUUAAACUCAAAAUUAAAUCUACCUUGUUUUGAGGAGAUUCAAACUGAUACAUCUCUUACACCAGCUGACAGGGAUAUACUUGCCAACCUUGUUUUGGACACCAUUGAUUUCAAAGAUUUUCCUGAAACUAUCCUUGAGUCAAAUGUUUUGGGAAAUACUAACCCUGACUUGGAGACUUCGGAAAAUACAACAGCUCAACUUUUUAGUGAUGAUACUGUGUUUUAUGAAGAUGAUUCUCCUCUUCAAGGAUGCCCAAAAAAUAUUGACUAUAUUCCAAGUCACAAUUAUGCCUCUUUGUAUGUUGAUUUACCUGUUAUGAAUUUUGCUCAAGAUGAAGUUGUUGCUGAUAGAAAUCAAGAUCCUGCCUUUUUUGAGCCACCUCUUAAGCAACCUAGUAUUUGUCAUAAACCAAUAAAAAGUAGUUCUGCAAAAGGGAAAGGAAUGUUUAUCUUCCCACCUAAUUUAACAACUCUUGUUGGUCUGAGAACUUUCCUAUUGAAUAGGCGCAAUUUGAUCAAUUUGAGCAAUAAAAAUUUGGAUAAGGAAGACUUAAGUGAAGUAAGUUUUGAAAAAUUAGAGGAAGCCAAGAAAAAGUUUGAUGAAAGAAUGUUUUGCCUUUUUCUUUGGCCAGCGCUCAUGUCAAGAUACAGACCAAAUGACAGUUCAAAUAUUUUCAAUGAUGAUAAGGAUGAUGAGGUUUUUGUUCCAAAUCCAGUUCCUAUAGGACGCAGCAGAGGAAAGAAAGGGCAGAAGAAAAAUGCUGACUGUACAACUGAACAGGAUCCUGGCAAUCCCUCUGGAUCGACAAAUCAAUUGAUUGUUGUCAAUGUUGAAAAUUCGUCUCAGCAAUGGAGCUUUCCAUUAAUCUCAGAAGGUGUAUCUAAUCAAGCAUGUAAAAGAGGUUUUGAUCCUUCUAUCCCUAGCACAUCUGGUCUCCCAGCCAAAAGACGUAAAGUUAUGGAAAUGGAAUCAGAUGAUGACCCGGAUGAUCCGGGUGUAAUGUGAUAUUAUAUAAUCUCUUACAUUUCAUCAGUUACAUUUUCAAUUUCUGUGACAAGUUUGAUUCCGUACUGUAUUAUUUCAUAGUUGUAAUUUUCUCCUCACUCAAGUCUUGUAUAUAAACCCACUAAACGGUCAAAUUAUUUUCUUAAAAUAAAGUCUUUAUUGUGUCUUUA